AUGACCAGCAAGAUAUUGAAACGCGAGAAUGGUCGACGCGCCAAGGCUGCAAAGUGCAGAGCAAAAUCGCCCACGCCUACCAAUAUCCAGGAGAGUAUCGAAAAUCCAGAUGACCGCUCCCCAGUUCAAUCAGUUAGCGAGCGUCCUUCGCCUUGCCCAUCGACUACCAACGGAUCUUCUCUAGCUGCUGUGUCACCCGCAGAUGAAUUUCCGGCAAUAGAAUAUCUGGAAGAGACAGUCUUCCUCGACUCUGACCCAAACGAUUUCACCACACAGCCAGAUCUUGACCAGGCUCUACUCAAUAUGGCCAACGCGCAAGGGCAGCUUCUAUUCCAUCCAUUGUUGGCUGACAUUUGUAAUAAUGAAUACCACCUAGUGGGCAUAUUCGUCGAUUUAAUUACAAGUUCCAGGCGUCCCCAGCGCUCAUGGGUAUUUGAGCUACCCAACAUCAUGGCCACAACGACGUCGCCGUCUGUCAAAUUCUCCAUUCGUGCAGCAGCUCUCAUCUAUUAUGCCGUCUCAAAUAGUGAUAAUGCUACUGCUAUGGAUGCACUUCACUGGUAUCUUGCCGCUCUGGAGAGCUAUCGCAUGUCCAUUCACGAUUCAGACCACAAGCGUUCUUGGGAUACAAAAGCGCUAGGGAAUAGUCCAACUGCCUCGCCGUCCUCUCCCUCUAUCGAUGAAAGCGGUCAUUGCAACAUGAUCUAUGUACCCAUGAUGUUUGCCUACUUUGAACAGAUGCAAGGCGCCACUCCUGACGCAGGUCUGAAGCAUCUCAACAUAGCUUGCGAUAUACUUCAGGCCAUCGGCCCACAUGCCUGUUCCUUUGGGAUCCAACAUAAAAUGUUUCGAUCCGUUCGUUCUCUCGAGGCUUUCCAAGCUAUCCUCCGAAACAAGUCGGCAAAGUUUGCGACUGCUGACUGGAGCCAAGUGCCUUUUGCACAAGAGUCUAAGGCACCGUGGGAUCGCAUCGUUGAUGUUGCCUUUGUAUUUCUCCGCGAGGUUCACCUUCCUAAAGUUGAUGAGCCGACUUCAAAUAUUCGUGAUGGAAUUCGCGCUAUUCAAGACUUGCCAAAGCAGCAAAAGUUAGUGAUAGAAGUGGCAGUCAAUCGUGUCAUGAUGGAGCUCGUGGCCUGGUGGAAAGAGUAUGUGGGGGAGGAUGUUACAAUUCCUCCCGUCGCUAGACCACUCAGUUUUGAGGACACAUCGACAUCAGCAGAGUCCUGGGCACUGGCCGUAUCGCAAGGUCCCUUCAUCUACGGCGAUACACACGCCGCCGGUGCCAUCGCCCUCUUCAACGCUCUAACCAUCAUCACUCAGCACAUUUUAUUGCUUAUCGCAUUGUCGAAGCCUCCGCAGACUAACAUUGGCGGACCACGUUCUACUGUGCUGGCCUUUCAAUCAUCUAUAUCUACCCAGGCAUCAUCCAUCCUGCACGCUGCUCGAUAUAUCCGGGAGACCAAUUCCUAUUGUGGCGAUGCAUCGCGAGUGAUGUUCGCCGUCAAGGUCGUUGCAUUGCUUGCUCUGGAAGAUGAUCAGCGGGAUCAGGCUCAAGUUAUUGCUAAUGAUAGGCCAAGGCUUCCCUUACUAGCAGAGACCCAGGUUGAGGUGGCAACUCGGUAA